AUGGAUUCAGGGUUAUCGUGGGCUGAUCAAUGGGAUCCAAACCCAGAUCCCGGAACGGAAGCUUCCGGCGACAAGAAGAAGAAGGAGGAGGAAGGUUCCGGCAAGGGCAAGUUCAGCAAGUCGUUUCUGAGUUUCAAAUGGAUUAAGGAGUUGAAGAAGAAAGGUAGCAAAGGAGAACGACAAGUACAAGAAGAAUGA